CUUCUAAAGCUCAAAAGCCUCCUACUAGCCCUCAUACCAGCUCAAGACUAAGACCGAGAUUCGGCGUUGCGAACUCAAGUACGCUUGGGAUUCAGAAGAGAUACUGUCAAAGCGAGGUUACGAGUAGCUUUGCAAUCAUGGCAUCCGAUCGAGACAUUCUCCCCGCCUGGGUCAAGCCAGCACACUACACCGUCUCCCUCCACGACCUCGAGUUCGGCGGAAGUUUCGGCUACCAAGGAACCGUUACGAUCAACACGAACAUCAACAAAGAUGGUGGCUUCAGUGAUCUAGUGCUCAAUGCGCAUCAGCUAAAGAUUCAUGCUGCGGAGCUAAAGACUGGGGACAAGACCCGGUCGACAAAAGACAUCUCGUAUGACGAGAAGCGUCAGCGCGUUACGCUGGACUUUGGCGAGAAGAUUGAGUACUCUGGGGAGGCUACCUUGGAGGUUAAAUUUGAGGGCACCAUCAACAACAUCAUGGCCGGCUUCUACCGUUCCAAAUACACGCCCAAGGGCGAGGUACCCGCCUCCGUAGCGAAGGACGACGAGUUCCAUUACAUGUUCAGCACGCAAUUCGAGUCCUGCGACGCCCGCCGUGCCUUUCCCUGCUUCGACGAACCCAACCUCAAGGCCACAUUCGAUGUUGAGAUCGAGGUCCCGAAAGACCAGAUCGCGCUCAGCAACAUGCCGGAGAAGGAGAUCAAACCCAGCAAGCGCGAUGGGUUUCAUACUGUCGUCUUCGAGCGGACCCCCGUCAUGUCGACCUACCUACUCGCAUGGGCCAUUGGAGACUUUGAGUACGUGGAGGCCUUCACGGAACGCAAGUACAACGGCAAGAACAUUCCAGUCAGGGUCUACACGACUCGUGGACUGAAAGAGCAGGGACGCUUUGCCUUGGACAACUGCCACAAGAUCGUAGAUUACUUCUCGGAGGUCUUCCAGAUUGACUACCCACUCCCAAAGGUCGACUUACUGGCCGUUCAUGAGUUUUCACACGGAGCUAUGGAAAACUGGGGUCUCAUCACCUACCGAACGACUGCUGUCCUUUUCGACCCUGCGACGUCUGCAGAUAGCUACCGAAACCGUGUAGCAUACGUUGUAGCCCACGAACUUGCCCAUCAAUGGUUCGGCAAUCUUGUCACCAUGGACUGGUGGAGCGAACUUUGGUUGAAUGAAGGCUUUGCUACUUGGGUUGGAUGGUUUGCCAUCGAUCAUCUCUAUCCCGACUGGAACGUUUGGGGGCAAUUUGUUACUGAUUCUGUGCAACAAGCUUUCGCACUCGAUGCAUUACGCACAUCUCACCCCAUUGAAGUUCCCGUGUACGAUGGUCUCGAAGUUGAUCAAAUAUUCGAUCAUAUCAGCUACUUGAAAGGAAGCUCCGUUAUUCGCAUGCUGAGCGCUCACCUCGGCGAAAAGGUCUUCCUCCAAGGUGUCGCCGACUACCUCAAGGCGCAUCAGUACUCGAACGCCACCACCAACGAUUUGUGGUCUGCUCUUAGCAAGGCGUCAGGCCAAGAUGUUAACAGCUUUAUGGACUUCUGGGUUCGCAAGAUCGGAUUCCCGGUCGUGACCGUUUCCGAAGAGCCUGGUCAAAUCGGCCUACGUCAGCAGCGCUUCCUUCUAGCUGGCGACGUCAAGUCUGAGGAAGAUCAGACCACUUGGUGGAUCCCGCUAGGCCUGCAUACCGGCGACUCUGCUUCCGCGUCCUCUCUCCACAAGACCACUGCUUUGACUCAGAAAGAGGAUACUAUUCGCGGUGUCAACGAGGGCUUCUACCAACUCAACAAGAACCUCACCGGUUUUUAUAGGACUAACUACCCGCCAGACCGUUUGAAGAAGCUCGGCGAGGCUCGCGAUCAGUUGUCCGUGCAGGACAAGAUCGGGCUAAUUGGGGAUGCAUACGCAAACGCUGUCGCUGGCUACGGUACCACAUCUGGUCUUCUUGCAUUGGUUGAGCGCUUUGAGGAUGAGUCAGACUACCUGGUGUGGUCCCAGAUCCUUACCAACAUCGGCAACGUCCGUAGCGUUUUCUCUGGUAGCGAAGAUAUAAGCGAAGCUUUGAGGAAAUACCACCUCAAGCUCGUUACUCCCGCUGUAGAGAAGGUUGGAUGGGACUUCAGGGAGGGUGAGGGCUUUCUGCUUGGCCAGCUUCGCGCUAGCCUCAUCUUGUCCGCUGCCUUGGUCGGUCAUAAGGCGACUGUAGACGAGUCUCUUCGACGCUUCGACGCUUACAUCUCCGGAGAAGACAAGAAUGCCAUACAUCCCUCUCUUCGCCGCGCAAUCUUCGCGACUGCGAUCAAGCAGCGCGGAGAUUCAGCAUUCAAGGCUAUCAAGAACGAGUACCUUUCCACUACAUCGAUCGACGGUAAGGAAAUCUGCCUUCAGUCCCUGGGUCGUGUCCAGACCCCCGAGCUUGCUCAAGAAGUCAUGUCCUUUAUCUUCUCCGACAAAGUCGCAAUGCAGGACAAGCACUCGGGCACCAUCGCUCUUGCCAAUAACUCAAAAGUACGUCCCGAGGUAUGGAAGUUCGUUCGUGAUAACUGGGACUCGAAAAUCAAUCCAACGCUCAGCGGCAAUCUCGUCGUGCUAGAACGAUUCUUGCGCUUUGGAUUGAACAAGUUUGCGGAUGAGAAGGUCGCGGACGAGAUUGCUGCAUUCUUCAAAGAUAAGGAUACCCGCGGUUACGAUAAGGGUCUUGAGGUCAUUGAUGAUACGAUAAGGAGCUAUGCGGGUUAUAAGAAGAGAGAUGAGAAGGUUGUGAGAGAGUGGUUGGGGGCUAAUGGAUAUCUGGCUUGACUUGGUGCAAGGCUAUAGUCUAUAGUCUGGAGAUGGAUAUUGGAAGCUGGAAGAUGAUGUUGGCAGAGCGAGCUGCGUGUCCGGCCAACAUCUUCAGCUAGUCAGAUGAGCUGCAUCUCCCAUGAAGCUUUGCACAAAUACAAAUAGUAUAAACGACGCCUCAUGCUAAGAGACAGUCAUACCCGUGUUGCAAGGCAAAUCAUAUCAAAGACAUGAUAAGCACAGUAGGGGAUACACGACUAGUUGUAUGUACGAAGAAGCACUCGGUCUUUCUUUGCCACUAAUGUGAGUGCGCCAGGGUACUAGGCUACCAAGGCGGAUACACGAAUAGGAUACACGAAUGGGCCGGAAGAGCGAGAUCGACGGCCCUUGCCAGGAUGGAUAUCGGCCUGGCCAAAUUCGGUAGAUGCGCUUAUCGUGCCCGAUUGAAUAGCGGAGCAAU